AUGAAUAAAACAAACCUGUGUAAUUCUUUGAUGCUUUUGAAAAAUUCUGAUAAAUUAUUUUAUGAUAAUUUAAUAAAUUUAGAUGAGAGAUUAAAAUUGAAUAAUAAUUUUAACGAAAAUAGAUAUAAUGAAAUUUACAAUAAAAAAUUUAUAAGAAAUAGUAGACGGUUUAAAACUGAACCAUCUAAAAACUUUAGUGAAAAUACAAAACGCUCAGGUUACUCUGUUUUCUUUCAAAAUAUAUUUGGCUCUUUUUCAAAAAGUGUUUGUUAUAAAGAAAAUGUGGAAAACGAAAAAAUCGAAUUAAAUGAAACUGAUACAGAAAAAAGUGAACAAAACGAAUCUCCAGAUUUUCAAAAAAAAAAAAAAACUAAUGAUAUAUUACGUAACCCAAAUUAUUCAAAUAAUAAUAAUAAUAAUAGCACGUUAUGUAUAAAUGAUUUUCCUAACCAUUUUGAUACUAAUUUAUUGAAUAAACAACAUGAGCUUACUGGUUAUACUGAAAUAAAUCAUAAAAAAAAUGAUAAAUAUUCUAUGAAUGAUGAACUAGCGAAUACAGAAAAAAGUGAUGUAUAUAUAUCAAACCAAAAGGACAACUUAAAAAAAAGUAUAAAAAAAAAAGAGAAAGAAAUAGAUAUAUUAGACAACAAAAUGGUAAAAAGUUGUGUAAUAUCUGAAGUAUUUUUAAAAAAAAAUAUAAAAUCAUUAAUUGUACAUAAUACAGGGGGAAUUGAUAUAGAACUAAUUGAAAAUGAAAAUCCUGAAUUUUUAUAUCAUACAUAUACAGGAAAUAGAAUAUCAAAUAUAUAUUAUGAAUAUGAAGUUAAACUUAAGGAUAAAGAUAGCUAUAAUGAAAAAUGUAAUGAUGAAAUAAAAGGAAAUAAUAAUAAUAAAAUAGUUUGUAAAGAAAAUGACGAAAAUAAAUGGGGGGAUUAUUUGAAUAAAAAAAACGAAAAAGAAGAAUUGAACUGUUCAUAUGAAUGUAAUAAAAAUUGUGAUAUAAAUUCAUCUAUAUCUAGUUUAUCAAUAAAUAUAUCUGAAAAACAUAAAUAUAAAAAAUAUUAUUAUAUAGGUGAAUCGUUUAAUAACAUAAGAAAUGGGUGGGGAAUGCUAAUAUAUAAUGAUAGGGUUAUAUUUGAAGGGGAAUAUAAAAUGGAUAAUGCUAUAGGAUAUUUUAUUAAAUAUAAUGAAUAUUCAACAGAAAUAGGAUUUAGAAGCCCUAUAAGUAUAAAGUCAGUUAUUAUUAUGAGUGAUCAUGAUAAUUUUAUAAUUCAAAAUAAGUGUGAAAAUUUAAAUAAUAACAAUAAUAAUAUAGAUGAUAAUACAUAUAAUAAUAGUUAUUGCAUUGAUGACUUUGGGAAUAGCAUAAAUAAUCUGACUGAAUAUAAAAUAAGAAAUAAUAAUUUAGAAAAUAUACUUAUUUGCAAUAAUGAAAAUAGUAUAUGUAAUAAUACCUUUGCAAGUUUUGAAGAAAUGUCUAAUUCAGAAAAAUUAAAAUAUAAAAAUAAUGCAUAUUCUUAUUAUAAAAUAGACAAAAAUUGCAAUAGUUCAUUUGAAAAACAUCAUAAUUCUAUUAAAAAAUCUUGUACAGAAUUUUAUAAAAAUAAUACUUUUUCAAAUUUAAAACAAAAUAAUUUGAAUAACAAUAGUUAUAUCGGUAUAAAAAAAGCUAUUGAACCUAGCUCAGCAUGUAAUAUAAUUACAGGAAAUAAAGUGAAUAAUUUAAAUGUUAUAUCUAGUUAUAUUCGAAAAAAUAGUAAACAUAAAACAACUCCAGCCCGAUCCUUAAAUUAUUUAAAACCUCCUAAUAUGAAUUUUAUAAAAAAUAAUAUUUUUUCAAAUAAAAAUAUUACAAAAAAUGAACAAAUAUUAAGAAAAAAAAAAAAAAAAAAACAAACUCCACAUACCUUUACCCCUAUAAAUAUUAUUGUAACCUCAUUUGACACAGACGAUGAUAUAAGGGAUCCUGAUUGUAUGGAUGUUGGUAUUAUAUCAGAAGAGGUUGAAAUAAAAAAGGAUAGAGAAAUUCAAGCAUGUUGUAAUGAUUAUGAAAAUACUAUGACUAAAGGUAUAAUAGGAAUAAACGAUAUAGACAAGAUAAAUAAUGAAUAUAACGAAACUAAGAAAUAUGAAAACAAUUUUGAUAUAAUUAAUGAAGGAAAUGAAAAAGUAAGAAAAAAGACUUUAGGUAUAGAAAUCGAUGAUGAAUAUAAAAAUUUGAUAUGCGCAAAUAUAAAUAAUGAUAAUUUUGUAAUUAAAAAUAAUGAAAUUGCGACAUUUGAUGAAUUUAUAGAAAAUCAAAAAGUCAAUACUGAUCAGGAAUGGAGAAAUAAUAUGAUGGGGAAAAUAAUAUGUGAAGAAAAUUUUAAAGUGGAUAAGGCAUUAAAUAAUAGCAACGUUUUAAAUGAAGGUGAUUUUACUAUUAGUACAGAUGCAGUAGAUGUAGAUAAUGAUUAUGCAGACAUUUUAGAACCCACAAUCGAUAAUGAUAAAAAUUGCAACAAAUUAGAAAUAAGUUUAAAAGAUAGUUGUAAUAUGGAAGAAGCAAAAAAAGGCAAAAAUGAAUGUGAAAAUAAAGGUGAAAAUAGUAAAAGUGAUGAACAAAAUAAAGAAAUAAAAUUUCGCAAAUUUCUAAAAAAUGAAAUAAGAAAAAAAUUAAGAGGUGCUACAUUCCCAGAAACACAUGACGAUAGACAAAAAAAUUGUUUCCUUUUUAUUGAUGAUUAUUUAACUUCGAAUGAUUACAAAUUUGAUAAAAUAAGUAAUGAUAUUAGAUUAAGAGCAUCUGAUUAUAAUAAAUGGUCAGUUAAUAUGUUAUAUAAUUUUUUAAAAAUGAUAGGAUUAAAAAAAGAAGCUUACUUAUUUAAAAUAAAUAAAAUUAGAGGAUAUCAUAUAUUAAAACUAACUGAUAAUGAACUAAAAAAACUUAAUAUAAAUAAUCCAUAUACUCGAAAAUUUAUUCUUUCUGUUUUUCGAUUUUUAGUUAAUUCCAUUGACAAUGCAGAUCCAUUAUCAUUAAAUUUUAACACAAGCAAAAAAUUUUCUUUUAAUAAAAUUAAAAAUAUUUCUAAUAAUGAUAUAAUUAUAUUAAACAAAAUAGGAGGUGGUAGUUAUGCACAAGUGUUCAGAGGAAAGUAUAAAGGAAAAACAGUUGCUUGUAAAUUGUUUUUGUAUAAUACUAAAGAUUUAAGUGAAGAAAGUUAUUGUGAAAGUUAUAUAUCUACUCCAAGAUCAACUCAUCAAUAUAUUUUUCCAAAAAUUUUCAAAAGUAUGACAAGUGCAGAAUCCGAAAUAGGAGAUGUGAAUCAUGAUAUUGAAGAUAAUAUUAAUUUUGAAAAAUAUGUAAAUUCAAUAAAAAGUUACACUGAAGUUUCAGAAAAAAAUGAUGCAAACAUAUCAGAAGAAGUAUUAACUAAUUUAUGUACAUUACAAAGAAAUAAAAAAAUAAAAAAAAUGGCAAAUUUAGAAAUUUUCCGAUAUUUUCCAACACCCAUAAAAUAUCGAAAUUAUGAAGCAAAAAUUUUAUAUUCAUUACAAAAUUGUGAGCAUGUCAUAAAAUUAUUAGGAGUUUGUAGUUUACGACAAGGUGAAGAAUCAUUAAUUUUACAAUAUUGUUCAGGAGGAAGUUUAGAAAAAUAUAUAUAUUAUGAUGAAAGGAAAAAAAUAAAUAAACAAAAUAAACAUUUAUCAAGGCCGCAAGUUGUUAAAAUUUUUCAACAAAUAGCUAAAGGAAUGUAUGAAAUACAUUCUAAUAAUUUUUUUCAUCGUGAUAUUAAAUUGUCUAAUAUAUUAUUAGAUGAAAAUAAAAAUGCUUUUAUAUCUGAUUUUGGAUUGUCUACAUAUUUUUCAUUAAAUGAUAGUCCAAGUGCAUACGCUAUUUAUGGAAAUAUUUUUUAUGCAGCUCCUGAAGUUUUAAAAGGAGAGGGGUUUUUUAAAGAAUCUGAUGUUUGGUCAUUUGGAGUUAGUCUUUGGGAAGCUUUAACAAAAAAAAUAGCAUAUGAUGGUUUAUCAUCUUCUGAAACUUUUUGUAAAAUAUCAUCAGGGGAAUUACAUUUGCCAAUACCAAAUGAUAUUCCUAAAGAUCUAUCUGAUUUGUUAAAAAGUGUUCUUGAAUAUGAUUUUACAAAAAGACCCCUAUUUGAUGUUAUAGCUCGAAAGUUAGAACAUAUAUGGGAAGCAGCUGAAAAGCAAUUGCACUUUGAUAUGAUUUCCUUUUUAGAUGGAUGA